AUGAACUCUGACCUGACCUUGAAAUUUAAGCAGUUGGAUAGCAAGCUGCAUCUUAUGGAAAACGAAGUUACGGUUCUCACAAAUGAGCUCUGUGAAUCACGGGGUGAGCGGGAUAAGUUUCGAAAGCAGCACGAAUCGGCACAAUUGGAAAUUGAAAAGUUAAAAUUUGCGCAGAUUGACGUGUUUAACGAAAAGGAAGACUACCGUUCCAAGUUUGACGAGUUGAAAGAAUUCAACGCCACACUUCAAGCAAGAACGAAAGAUCUUGAAGCUCGCUUAGAAAAGAGCGAAAGAGAAGCUGCUGUUUUGGCAGGCCACGGAAAUCACCGGCAAAAGAUUCACUAUCUGAACAAUCUUCAGGAUGAAAAGUGGUUGUUGAUACAAGAAAACGUCAAGCUGAAACAGGCCGUGCACCGUUUGUGUUUCGUGAGCUUCAAUAUCUAUUACUGUCACGCAAAAAAUAAAACCGAAAACUCUUCGCUGAAUAUGUACCUAUUUACGUUGGAAGGCUAUAUGAGGAGAAUGGCGGAAACGUAUGAUGCAUUGAUGAGUGAAAACAGGAUUCUUUGCAAAGCUGUGCGCGAUCUGGAGCGUACUGCCGAAGAGAAACGAAGGCGUAAAGAAAAGUUUCUUGUUGAAGUAGAAGAAGCGGUCAAAGAUUGCACGGUGUACUUUGAGGAUAUGAGCUGGGCAACUUCUUAUAAGGAAUUAUGGCAUCAUUACAAUGAUCUUAAGGCGAAGAUUGCUGAAGAAACUGCGAACCUGGAUGAAAAGGCGAAGUACUUGUCGGACUUGCAGAGCGAAGUUAGAAAAGAGAGACGUUCAGACCUGUGGCUUAAGGAUUGCACUAAUUUGGCAACACUGCUUUUGUUGUGCGAUAAGACAAGAAAAGAACUGGAUGAUGUAGUGGCAAAGUGCGAGGAAGUGUCCGGACAGCUUAACAACCCAGUAAGUGUUAUUUUCCCGCCAUCAGUUGAUGGGCCCUUGUUCGAAAUUCUCACUGAUCUAAGAACAAACCGCUCAAAAGAGGUAACUUAUUAGGU